GUUCUCUCUCUACUACUAACACUCUGUUUAAAAACAGUCUCAAACUAAAAUCUCAAAAACACAGAGCCUCUUCAAUUUUGUCCAAAAUGGCGUCGUUUAGGAGCUCGAUUUGGUUUUGUGUGGUGGUUUCAUCUCUUCUAUUUGCAGCGAUCUCAGCUAGUGAAAGCGAGGAGGAAGCCUCGUACGUGUUGACGUUGGAUUCUUCUAAUUUCACCGAUGCGAUUAACAAGCAUAAUUUUAUCGUCGUUGAAUUUUAUGCUCCCUGGUGUGGACACUGCCAGAAAAUUGCUCCUGAGUAUGAGAAAGCUGCAUCCAUUUUGAAAAGUCAUGACCCUCCAAUUGUUCUUGCCAAAGUUGAUGCUAAUGAGGAGUCUAAUAAAGACCUUGCGAGCGAAUACGACAUUAAAGGAUUCCCCACUCUUAAAAUUGUGAGAAAUGGAGGCAAGUUAAUUCAAGAGUAUAAAGGUCCUAGAGAGGCAGAUGGCAUUGUUGAGUAUUUGAAAAAACAAAGCGGUCCUGCUUCUGCUGAAAUAAAAUCAGCAGAUGAGGCUGCUGCUCUUGUUGGUGACAAGAAGAUAGUUAUUGUUGGAGUGUUUCCCCAGUUUUCUGGGGAGGAGUUUGAGAACUAUAUGGCUGCAGCAGAAAAAUUGCGUUCUGAUUACGACUUUUGUCACACUUCAGAUGCUAAGCACCUUCCACGUGGUGAAUCAUCUGUUACCGGUCCUCUUAUUAGGCUAUUUAAGCCAUUUGAUGAACUCAAUGUUGAUUUUAAGGAAUUUAAUGUGGAUGCUAUAGAGAAGUUUGUUGAAGCUGCUAGUACACCUAUUGUGACCAUCUUCAAUAGUGACCAAAGCAAUCAUCCUUUUGUUAUCAAAUUUUUCAAUAGUCCCGAUGCUAAGGCUAUGUUGUUCUUGGACUUCAAUGGAGAAGCUGCUGAUUCUAUCAAAAGUAAAUAUCAAGAAGUUGCCCAGCAAUAUAAAGGAGAAGGCCUUAGCUUUUUGCUUGGAGAUUUAGAGGCUAGUCAAGGUGCCUUCCAGUAUUUUGGACUCAAAGAGGACCAAGUGCCUCUCAUUGUCAUCCAAACUAAUGACGGACAGAAGUACCUGAAGGCAAACUUAGAGGCUGAUCAAAUCGCUCCAUGGGUGAAGGACUACAAGGAAGGAAAAGUGCAAGCAUAUAAGAAAUCUGAACCCAUCCCUGAAGAGAACAACGAGCCAGUGAAAGUUGUAGUUGCUGAUACCCUUCAUGACAUUGUUUUCAACUCUGGAAAAAAUGUCCUUAUUGAGUUUUAUGCUCCAUGGUGUGGGCACUGCAAAAAAUUGGCCCCAAUCUUGGACGAAGUUGCUGUCUCAUUUGGAAGCGAUUCUGAUGUUAUCAUUGCUAAGCUUGAUGCAACCGCCAAUGAUAUCCCAAGUGAUACUUUCGAUGUGAAGGGAUACCCGACUUUGUACUUCAGGUCAGCAAGUGGAAUUGUGGAGCAAUACGAUGGAGAUAGGACUAAAGAAGAUAUUAUUAGUUUCAUUGAAAAGAAACGAGGUCAAGCUGGCCAACAAGAAGAAUCUGUACCUCAACAAGAAGAAUCUCCCGAGGGGAAGGAUGAGCUUUAAUUUUACGAUCUUUGUAUCAAUUUUGUGAUAGUGUACUAAUGUUAUAUCGGAAUAAUGAGGUGGUUAAUUUACUUAUAGCCUUAUAUGGUUUAGGAAUAAAACAACGUAGUCAUGCAAGUUUAUCUAGUUAAAUGCUACAUCUUUCUUAUUUCUCAA